UUUUCCUCCACUGCCUGUGAAGAGUGGCGAUCUUUGCGAGUUACCGAGAAAGGAGAAAUCAGCGUGAAACACACGCAAGAUGUCAGAGGCGGGCAGGAUUGUAAGAGUGAGUGGGCUGCCCACAGACAUGGAAGAUGUCAGGCUGAAAGACAAGUUACUCAUUCACUUUCUCAGAACAAGGAAUGGAGGAGGGGAAAUAGACCAUAUCAUGAUUGUGAAGUCAAUGCCUUUAUAUGCUCUCAUCAACUUUGAGGACAGUGCAGUGGCACAGAGAGUUGUUCAACACCGCUGCCACAUUCUGGAAAUAGAUGGGAAGAAGUAUGAACUCAAUGUUUCACAGCAUCCCGAAAGCUUGGACCCAGACCAGGUCGUCUUAAGUUUAACAGCAAGGGUUGACUACAGCCGGCUUCCUGGGGGAAUCAUGGCGCUGAAAAACCUUCGUAAAAGUCAUCAGGAUGUCAAGAUAAACCCUAAUGCUACUGAGAAGUGUUGCACAUUGUUUGGCUCGUACUCCAAAGUGCAGGCUGCUUUGGCCCAACUGCUGUGCCAUCCUGGAGGUCCAGAAUUCUCAGAGAACAAAUACUCAGAUCCAGCUGCCUCCAGCAGGAUUUGGUCUUUUCAGAAAUCACAGAAGCCUCAGGUAUCAGAAGAUCGGAGGAGAAACUCUACCAAGCACAAAGAACACAAAGAAGAAGAAGAUGACUCUGACCUUUCAACAGAGGGGGAAAACUUAAGCUCAAACAGAAAUCUGGCACCUGGUGGUGAUGACUGGGAAGCUGCCAAUCACACAGACAGUGCAGCUCAGCGCUCUCCUACUGCUUUCAUAGAGGAUUCCUCUCUGAUUGUAGAUGCAGAUGUGUUUCAGUAUCUGCAGACGCACUCCCAGAAGGAAUACCAGCAAAUCCUCAGUCAGUUCGGCGUUGAGGUGGUGAAUGAAACAAAUCAGGGCCUGACCACUCUGUUUUUGCACAUUGCUGACACAGCAGUGGUGAAUGAGGGUCAGGACUGCAUGAAACUAGCUAAAAAUGCAAUAAGUCGACUUUACCAGGAGAAUGAGGCAAAGAUCUGUCUAGACCAGCUUCCUAAGAGUAUCCUUCGCCCCAGAGGAGGACUGCAAUGGCUAAUAGAGAACUUAAGUGCAAGAUUUCCAAAGCUUCUUCUAAAUGAAGAUAAGCUGAAUAUUUACUUUAUUGGUAGCAGCAGGGAUGUAUCUGAGGCCAGGCACUCUCUUUUAAUGGGCCACGAGGAAGAUAGAAAUCAAAAGGAGGGUGUCGCCAGUCUGCUUAAUUUCCCUUCAUAUAAUUCCGGCUCAUCGCCAGUUCAUGCUGAUGAAGAACAAUUGCCGCGGACUAAGCCUCACACUGAAAGACCUUUGGAUGAAAGGUCAGAUCGGACGCUGAUAUCAGAGGAAGAUGAACUAAGACUUGAUGGAGCCAGAAGGUAUAAACUUGCUGCUCGGUUUAAAGAUUCAGGACUUGCUGGUUUGGGCAGCUUCCCCUUCCGCCCAAAUGCAUCACCCAGCAGGCAAGCAUGCCAGGAACCGAUUCUGAGGCACAAUGUGCUCUCUGAAACAACAAAGAUUUCUGGUGGAGAAGUUUCUAGUGGAGGCCCUCAAAAUACAGGAGAGGACAUAUUGUUCAAAAGCGCUUAUACAUCUUCUCCAUCUGUGUUCACAAAGAUUGAAGCCAAUUUAAACAUAGGUAUGGUAGAUACCAGACUAAAGAAUUUAAUAUCCCAGUUUGCUCCUUCCAGUCUUCCACAAAGUACGUCACUUCCACCUUCUGGGUCUGGAUCUACUUUAAAGCGAGCCAAUAGUUUCUCAGGAACGCCUCAGCAGAAAGCUCAAGUCUUGGGUCAGAAGAGCCAUGAUGAUUCAAGUAAAUCCACAGCCAGAGUCUGGAUGCGGUCCUCCAGCUUUAGUAGCCAAACAGUAAAGGAUACACAAGAAGUCCAUCAUGACGAGAUCUCAGUUUCCCGGGUUAUGUGGCAGUACAUAAAAGAAGCCUACGGCACCCGAGUGGAGGACCUGACCUCUGAUCUCCAGAUGGAAGAGAGCUUCUCCGAGGGCAGUCGGGAUUUGACUUAGAUUAAAAGGAGCCGACUCAUCCAAAGUGAAAUUAUGUCGGGAGCGUCUACAGACGCUUGUAGAUUCAGUUGCUGCCGACUUCUCGGUUCAGGAGCUGCGCAUGUCUGAACUGGACAUUUCAAAUCCUGCUGAUGAAACCGUACAGGCUUGCUGCUCUGAGGUGCGGAGCCGCUUCAAGAAAGUUGUUAUCCACACGAUGAAGAAGAGCUUGUAUCUAGUUGGUCCUGAACAAUUGUGCUCUCAGGUUGCUGCUACACUGAAGGAGGUAUUUUCUAGAGAAUCUGAACAACAUGACUUCUCAAACCAAGUUUUUGCCAUUGAAUGCACCCCAAAGCAGAAGGGGAUGCCUGGAUAGCAGUCAUCAGGUGAUAGCAUCCACUCAAACUGGCAAGGCUGAGGGGAACAGUAGGACUCAACAAUGGAAAACAACCUAUGACAGAGAUUUUGGUGAGAAGAGGCUUUUUAAUGGAUCAAAUAGCCAGUCAGCAGUAAAGAAAGAGUAUGUCUUCAAGGAGAAAGAGGAUGGACAAACAGUUGAAAAGAAUCCUUUGAAUAGCAAGAAAAAGAGAACAUUACAUGCUACCGAAAUGGAUACUACAGGGCAUAGACCUGCAGAGACCCAGAGCACUUCAGAGGAGGCCAGAUCAGGUCUGGGAGGACGGGCUUCCACAUGUGUUUGUGGGGAGAGCAAGAAGUCAUUGGUGAGGACAAAAUGUGAGCUCACCAUGUGCACAGCAUGCCUAGAAACAGUGCACACUUACUGCAAGGUCUGCAAUAAAACAGAGCAGACACCCCGAGGCAUCCACGGAAAAAUGAAGACAUCCAAACGGAACUUGAGUUUACCGGGUCACAAGGGCGGUGUUAUGAAGAUCACUUACCAUAUUCCUGAUGGUAUCCAAGGGGAGGGUCAUCCAUCACCUGGAAAACCAUUUAAAGGGGAGGUGUUUGAAGCCUUCCUCCCAGACAGUGACAAGGUGAAGACACUGCUUCCCCGGCUGGAAAAAGCCUUCAGGCAGGGAUUCACCUUUACAGUGACUGGGAAAGGGACACAGGCCACUGUCACCUGGGACUGCAUCCCACACAAGACCAGCUUACAGGGAGGCAAAGCUCAAAAAGGGUACCCAGACUCCAGUUACUUGACACGCUUGUCCAAUAUCUUGGCUUCCAAAGGGAUUGAGUAGCCGUCGGCCAGGUCAAAAUGGCAGUGAAGGAAUUUUUACUUGUAAUUUUUCUUUUUUGUUUAAAAUCAUUUCUUUUCAUGUCUUUUUUUUGGUAUUAUGUUGUAACAUGUCCUAUUAUGUCUUAUUUAUCAAUUAAUGUGUAUAUAACAGAAAUAUGGCAAUGGAAAUAAUAUAUAUAUAUUUUUAGAUUUUUUUAAAAAUUGCUCUAAAUUUGCUUAAAUGUUCCACCAUCACAUUUUGCAUCACUUCAUGCAUUUUCUCAAAAUUGUUUUCUACCUUUUCAGCUUAUUCAGUUUUUAAACAAAUAUUUUUUUAUGGUAUUAUGUGCACAUUACUGUAUAGUUAGGUACCUUGGAUCAUUCUGUAUGGAUUUAACCACAAUCCGUCUGGCUAUUUGUAGCAUACUGGAGAACAUAAAUAUAAAUAAAAAGAGCACAUUUCCUGA